ACAAUUUACGGAGUUUAUUGGUUCUUUUCGUAUAAGGUGCAGCAGAUAAUUCUAAAUUCAUUUCUGACAUUGACGUCUGUCAUCAUCUGUCAAUGUGACAGUUCAAAUAAUGGUGCGAGGUGUGAUUGUGUGAAAACAUCAAUAAUCGUUGUUUUGUUGCGUUAAAGAAAUGGCAACUUCGAUGGUAAAUGAAGUAAAGGGCGAUGAUAGUGUGCCGAAAGAAUUGUUGCUGGAGAAGCACGUGUCGUUUCUGCGAGAGUACGGACAAAACGAAGAUAAUUUCGAGUAUGGAAUAACCGACUACCUGCGGAUGUCCGGCGUCUAUUGGGGUCUGACUGCGCUGGAUUUGAUGGGAAAGUUGAAGGAGCUGCCGGAGAAUGAGAUUGUUGAGUUUGUGCAGAAGUGUCAGGACCCUGAGAGUGGUGGUAUUAGUGGCUGCAUCAACCAUGAUCCUCAUCUGCUGCACACAGUCAGUGCAAUACAGGUGCUCUGUAUUUAUGAUCGGUUGGAUGCAAUCAAUGUUGAGGGUGUGAUCAAGUAUGUGAAGAGUUUGCAGAAGGAUGAUGGAAGCUUCACCGGUGAUAAAUGGGGUGAAGUGGACACCAGGUUCUCAUUCUGUGCAGUGCUGACCCUUUCGCUGCUGAAGAGGAUGGACGCCAUCGACGUGGACAAGGCGGUGGAGUUCGUCGAAUCUUGCAUGAAUUUCGACGGCGGCUUCGGAUCGCGUCCUCUGAGCGAAAGUCACGCCGGUCUUAUUUACUGUUGCGUCGGUUUCCUGUCGAUAACGCAGCGGCUGGAUAUCAUCAAACGAGACACUCUGGCGUGGUGGCUGUGCGAGAGACAAUUACCUUCUGGCGGUUUGAAUGGAAGACCCGAGAAGUUACCAGAUGUCUGCUAUUCCUGGUGGGUCCUUUCCAGCUUAUCGAUGUUGGGUCGUCUGCACUGGAUCGACUUUGCGGCGCUGGAAAAGUUCAUCGUUUCAUGUCAGGACUCGGAGACUGGAGGUUUCAGCGAUAGACCAGGCGACAUCACCGAUCCUUACCACACGCUCUUCGGUUUGGCCGCUCUGUCGCUGAUGGGAAACGGUGCUCUUAAACGCGUCAAUCCGACUUACUGCAUGCCGCAGGAGGUGAUCGACAAGUUGGAAUUGAAACCGCAAAUAUUGAAUUAAUAAAAAAUUUAUAUAAGUAAA